AUGUCUUUAAAGCCAACAAAAAUGCCGUCAGCGACGAAAGAUUCUACUAUCUUGAAAAUUGCCGUGGAAAUGCUCAAUGCACCCGAUAAGGUGCCACAAUUGAUAGAGUUCGACCAAAGCCAGCCUCUAUCCAGUAUCAUACAACUUUUAUGCAAGUCGUGGGGACUUCCUGACCCCGUAAACUACGAUUUACAGUUUUCUGAGAGUAAUAAUCAAAACUACAUCACUGAGAAGAAUCGCAACGAAAUAAAAAAUGGAUCUGUUCUACGUCUUGAACAAUCCCCUGCAAAGACGGUUCAGGAUAUAUUAGCCAAAAUCAACACUGGCACAGAGGCCGAACAAAUCGCUGCACUAAUGAAAUUAUCCACAGUUAGCAGUGACAUUACAUUUGCCUUGGAGUUUAUCAAUAAAAAAGGUUUAUCACUCAUUAUAAAUAAUAUAGAAACGGGCAAGUUUAAAGGGAACUGUUUAAAGUUUGCAUUGGUUACUUUUGUGGAACUUAUGGAUCAUGGAAUUAUAUCUUGGGACAUAUUAGAAAAUCAAUUUAUAAAUAAAGUUGUUAGCUUUGUGAGCAACCAAGCAACAGCACAAGACCCAAAGAUAAUACAGUCAUGUCUAUCGAUUCUUGAAAACAUUGUGCUUAACAGUUCGGGGAAAAAUUCACAUGUUGAAAAAGAAAUCACUAUUCCAAGUUUAAUUUCUCACUUAGAAAAUCAAGACAGAAUCAUUCAACAAAAUGCAAUUGCUCUUAUCAAUGCAAUAUUCUCAAAGGCUGACUUGACAAAAAGAAAAACAAUUGCGGCUACAUUGUGCUCAAAACAAGUAAGAAAUAAAAUUUAUGAAAACCUUAUAACAAAAAAUGCCUCAAAAGAGUCACUAGGCACAGAGCUUGCUCACCAACUUUAUGUAUUACAAACAUUGACUUUGGGGUUACUAGAACCCAAAAUGCGCCAAAGAGCUGAUUCUCAAGAACAAGAGUCUCAAGAAAAAAUUAAAGAACUUAGAAAGCUAGCUUUUGAUAAUGAUAACAACACAAAUAUGGAAGUGACAACAAGACGCCAAACAGGUAGCUUAUCAAAGGAUUUCAAAAAGCUUGGUUUUAAAUGUGAAAUUGAUCCCAUAAAAGACUUUAAUGAGACCCCACCGGGUGUUCUAGCUUUAGAUUGUAUGUUAUACUUUGCAAGAAAUUAUAGAGAGGAUUAUACAAAAAUUGUACUGAGAAAUAGCUGUAGGGCUGAUGAGCAAGAGUGUCCCUUUGGCAAGACAAGUGUGGAAUUAGUGAAGCUGCUUUGUGAUAUAUUACAUAUAGGUGAACCACCAAGUGAACAGGGACAAACAUACCAUCCUCUGUUCUUCACUCACGAUCAUCCAUUUGAAGAACUGUUUAGAAUCUGCAUAGUUCUUUUGAACAAAACCUGGAAGGAAAUGAGAGCUACCACUGAAGACUUUGUGAAAGUGUUGAGUGUUGUUAGAGAACAAAUAAGCAGAGCAUUAUCAGCAUCUCCUAAAGGUUUUGACAAGUUUAAGCAAAAGAUAAAAGAGCUGACAUACAAUGAGAUAACACAUCUAUGGCAACAGGAACGCACAAAUCGUGAAGUGUGGGAGUCUCACGCAAGACCCAUUGUAGAGCUCAAAGAAAAAAUUACCCCAGAAAUUAUUGAUUUGAUUCAACAACAAAGGCUUGGAGUUUUAGUUAAUGGAACAAGAUUUAAAAAAUACAUGAAGAUUAACAGAAAAGACAAAUUUUGGUUUGUCCGCUUGUCACCAAAUCACAAAAUUUUGCACUAUGGUGAUUGUGACGAGAAGAAUACUCCUAGUUUAGAGGAAUUGGGUUCUAAAUUAGCUGUGACUGAGAUUAAAUGUGUAGUUGUGGGUAAAGAUUGUCCACAUAUGAAGGAUUUAAAAGGAAAGAUAAGCAGUCCACACUUGGCUUUUUCUCUUAUAUUAAAAGCAGCCGAAGUUCCCUCGUUAGACUUUGUGGCGCAGGAUGAGCAGAUCUUUGACUACUGGACUGAUGGUAUUAAUGCCUUACUAAAAGAAAAGAUGACAAGCAAGUCUUUCGAGAAUGAUCUAGAAACUCUGCUCUCUAUGGAUAUAAAGGUCAGGCUGCUAGAUGCUGAAGGCAUUGACAUUCCGCAAGACCCACCACAGAUUCCACCUGAACCAGAAGAUUAUGAUUUUUAUUAUGAUAAUAAU